CAUACGUUUUAUAAUUCAGAAAGUUUAUUUAUCAUUGUAAUAAUAAAAAGUUUGACUUUAGGACAUACAUUAUCAAGAAAUAAUAUUCUUCAUUAUCUCUUCACAUAUGUGUUUACAAAAAAAUUAAUAUAUAUAUAUAUAUGCAUAUAUAUGCACACAUCAUACGUACAUAUAUACAUUCAUAUACACGUAUCGAGUAUCAGUGUACAUCGUACUUGCGCCUUUGACACUGUUACUACAUGUUUUACUAUCAAAAAUCUUCUAAACCUGUUUUCUACAUGGUACUAAUCCUAUAAAAAGCAGUGAUUUAUACAAUGGAGAAAUUUGCUAUUGAUUUGGACAAAGUUCUUGACGACUUCGAAUUUAAUGAAGAUUGUGCAGAACAAAUAGCAUCUGUAACAUCUCCCAUAACCAAUGCAACAUUAAAUGUUGAUCGGUGUGGCAUAGAAUCUUCGUCCAGCAAUGUACCCAGCGUUGAUGGUGCAAAAUUAAUUCAAAACUUUGAAGUAUUGUCAUUUGGUGGAAAACAUGAGAAUAAAAUUAAUGUUAUUGCAGAGAGUAAAUCAUCGCACGACAAGAGCGUUAUUUUAUCUCAAAAUAAUUAUCACAAGGAUGAUACGAUUAGAAAAUGUAACGACUCGAUAAAUCACUUUCAUGCUGAAAAUUCUACAAGUGAUCAUAAAGUUACACACAAACAAUCUAUUUAUCAUCAAGAUCCUGAACCUAUUUCUAUCACCAUUUACAAUAACACGUCGCAGACGUUAUUAACUAAACAACAAAAUAGUAAUAACAAUCAACAACAACAACAACUUUUACAAAACAGAUAUGAUAAAAAAUUAAAUCAACCAAAUAUCAAGCCUACCGUUAGCAAUGUAUUUAAUAGUUUAAAUGAAUAUAUUAAUGCACCAACUAUAAGUUUGGAUUAUGCAGACAGUAUGUUGGACAAACAACAAGAGAUUAGGCCUAAGAAACAAACUGAUAUCAUUACUGAAGAUAAAAUUGUAUCUAAUAUAAAUACUGAAGUUAUUGAUCACAAUGUAACUAAAAUAACAACGGAUAAAAGUAAGAUAGUCGAAGAAGUACGCAAUGAUGUGGAAACAAGUAUUGUUUUAUCCAUGAAUCAAGAUAUUAUAGAAAAUACAAAUCAAUUUGUUAAUGCGGAUACAUCACAAGCUCUAAAAUCACAUGUAGAAAGUAGUCAAGAGGAUCUUAAAAGUGUAAAUAUGGAAUAUAAAAGUGAACAAACAGAUAAUGAUAUUGAUACAGAUAAAAAAGAACCAAUUGUUCAAUCAUAUAAAGAGAAUAUUCAAUAUGAACAUAUUCGUGUAUUUGAAGAUAAGAAAAUGAAUGAUAGUGCUUCGGAAAGUGUACUUUCAGAAUUAGAUGAUGCAUGUAAAUUAACAGAUGAAUUGUAUACUAAUAUGAUAGUUCAAACUGAAGCAACAAAUAUUUCUAAUGAAGUAACUGUAGAGAAAAUUAAUGAAUCUCAUGACAUUGAUAUGAAUGCAUUACCAUCGAAUUCUCAUGAGUCAAAGAAUCUUGUACAUUCUGUACAAAAGCCAAUUGGUUUUAAUAAUAUUAACGAUGAUUUGUCGGAAGAAGAAUUAAAUAAAUAUUUAGAGACAUUAGAGAUAGAAGAAAAUUUAACGGAAGGUGCAGUAAAUCCACAAAAUGCCUUGUUAUCCGAAGGAUAUAAGAAUACAAUUGAGAACAAUACAAGUAAUAAUACGUUUUCUUACGAAGAGUCUAAAGACGAUAAACAACAAAUCCAUUUAGCAAUUAAUAAAAUUGACAAUAGCCAAUUUGUAGAAAAAGAAAUCAAAGUUACAACGGAUAAGUAUUCUGAAAGAAGUUCGGUAAAUAAAAACGACGAUCAAGAUAUAAAUAAUAUAAAGGAAAAAGUAUCUGAUAAUAUUUUACACGAUGAUAAAUAUUUGAGGAAAAGUACGAAUAAUUUUACAACAAUUAUUUCUGUAAAUAAAGAAGGACAACAAAUACAAACGCAAAGUGAUAAUAAUGUAAUAGUUACAAAUUUGGAUAAACCUGUAGAUAAUGUAGAAUAUGUUAACGAUACAGAGAUCAAAAAUCAAGCAACAAACGAAACUGAAUGUGGUUGGUCAUCUUCUGAAGAUGAUGUACGUAUUAUUAGAAUUGAUAAUAAUGAAUCCAAACAACAAUCGGAAGAAAUUGUUCAACAAUCUGUAAUUCAAAGUAAUACGUGUACGAUACAAAAUAAUAAAGAUGUAAUCUCAUCUUCGGAACAAAAUAAUAAUCAAAUUAGCGAAAUACAAAUACUUGGUAAUACUAGUUAUGAUACCAAAGACAAAAGUCAUAAGUUACAAGGUAAUAAAACUUUAAACGAUAUCGUUAAUAUAUGUACAGAUAUACAACCAAAAAGUACAGACAUUUGCAUAGAAAAUAAUACAGAAAAUAAUGAAGGAGGAAGUAAAGCUGUUCGUCCACAAACUUUAGAUAUUGCUUCAACAGUUAGUAUGAAUGAUCAUCCUGCAACAGAUUCUCCUAGUAACGCUUCUAAGCAACAAGGUACGUCGGAAAAUGAAGGAAAUAAUGUUAAUAACAGCAGAGAAAUAACAACAACAACAACAGAUCUUACAGAAAGUACUUUAACAGAGUCAAUUAAAAUACUUGGUAAAGAACCACCCUUCUGGAUUCCUGAUAGUGAUGCUUCUAGUUGUAUGUUAUGUGAUAUCAAAUUUACUGUGCUUAAACGACGCCAUCAUUGUCGUGCUUGUGGAAAGGUACUCUGUAGCAAAUGUUGUAAUAUGAAAUACAGAUUGGAAUAUCAAGGUAAUAUUCAUUCAAGAGUCUGCGUUGCCUGUUAUCAACUUUUAAUGAAAGCUGAAAAUCAACACGAGACAAGUAAUUGGCCUACAAAUUGCGUAAAUUAUGGUAACAAUAGCGAUGUUAACUCUCCUCAAGGAAGACCACCUAAUCCAAAUAAUCCUAUGGAAUAUUGUUCAACUAUACCACCUUUACAGCAACUAGCAGGUGGAUUGCCGCCGCCACCACCAACAGUGAUGGUGCCUGUUGGUGUUCUUAAAAGGGAAGGUAGUACAAAGCAGCGUUCGGAAGGAUCUAAGUCCGUCAUGUUUAGCGAUGGAAUAAGGCCUGGAUGUGACCUGACAGAACUAGAUUCAUCUUGGGAUUUAAAACCACCUUAUCGGAAAACAGGGAGCAAACGAGUAUCUGCAUCUGACACCUCUUCGAUAUCCAGUGGAAGUAAAAAACAAAACCUAUUACCUUUGGACCCAAAUACUAAUAGUUACAUACCACAGGAUCCUAAUUUGUUACCACCAACAGUUACCAUACAUAAAGGACAAAUUUCUUAUCACAAUGUGAACGACCAGGAUCUACUUUACAGAACGUUGAAAAAUGAAUGCGAACCACCAGUAAUGUUUGCUAUUAACAAGAAUCUUUACGCGUAUGUUAAAAUAACAAAUUUAAGUUGCUGUGUAAACAGAAUAUGUUGGAAUGUUACUUCUAAAGGAUUGGCCUGUGUUGGUCAAGAUGAAAUUAUAUUAUUAUUAGAAACUUUACCCGAUGAAACGCAAAUACCGAAAGAUCUUCUUAUGUAUAUUAAUCAUAUUUAUAUAGAAGCAACGAAAGGAAAUACGAUGACAGAACUUUCCGUUUCGAUACAUCAAGGUGGCGGCAAUCUUUUGGGCUCUCGCGAACACGCAGGAUUUUUAUUUAUUCGACAAACUUUACAAUGUUUACAAAAAAUUGUUUUACCACCGUCACCAUUUCUAGUAGGUCUUUUAAUUCAUAGAUGGGAAACACCAUGGGCUAAAGUAUUUCCAUUACGUCUUGUAUUACGUCUUGGUGCUGAAUAUCGUUACUAUCCAUGUCCCUUAGUCUCAGUUAGAUUUCGUGAUGCACUUUAUUUCGAAAUAGGACAUACAGUUAUGAAAGUGUUAGCGGAUUUUCGAAAUUUUGGAUACACAUUGCCAGGUGUCAGGGGAUUAACGAUUCAUUUGAAAAAUAGAACGACAGAUGUUAUGUUUCCCAGAAAUAGAUAUGAUCAAGUUAUAAAAGGUCUAAAUAAUUCUAACGAUCAUGUUUUGGCAUUUGCUUCGAAUUUUAGUAUAACUGCAGAUUCCCAUCUAGUAUGUAUACAAACUAAUACAGGAGAUGAAAGCAGUUAUCAAACUCAAGCUAUUAAUAUUCAAAAUAAACCACGAACAGUAACUGGAGCAAGUUUCAUUGUCAUAAACGGUGCAUUAAAGUCAUCGAUGGGAUUGUCAGCUAAAUCUAGUAUAGUAGAAGAUGGUUUAAUGGUAGAAAUAAUGCCAGAAAAAAUGGAAGCUUUAAAAGCAGCUCUUAAAAAUAUGCAUGAUUUUUCUAUCGGUUGUGGUCGUCAAGGUGCGACUGAGCCGGAUGAAACUGUAAAUAUCAAAUGGGUAGAAAAUGACGUACAAUUUAAUCUAGGAGUUAAGAGUCCUAUCGAUGGACAAUUAAUGGAUGGCGUACCUUCUAUAAGAGUUCAUAAUGCUACAGAUUACAGAGGAACCAGUAGAUUCAUUCGUUGGACUGAAGUUUUCAUUAUCAAAUCGGACGAUCAUCCAAAUGGUGUUCACGAUCCUAUGGAUAUAAAUAAAUUAUCGGAGAGUAUAGCGAGGGCAACGUGUGCAGCUUUAGUUAAACUUUUAGAUCUUUUAGCGACAGCAGGUCUUACCAAAAUUGGUGUUAGGACUACUAUACAUCCGGAUAACGUUGGAUAUGAAGCUGGUAGUGAAGGUGCAAAGUUACCACCAAUCUAUAUGAAUAGUCUUGAUAAUGAAUUAAUACAAAUUCUACAUAAGGCUGCUCAAAGUAGUCAGGAUACGCAUACCGUGCUUGAAUUAAUAUUCUAUGUGCUCGAUGAAUAAAAUUAAUUAUGUACAUAUACAUUGUGUGACAUCUUAGACAAUUAUAGUUGAAUAUGAAAGAUCACACACAUACACAACCAUAUAAAUACACAUACACACGCAAUACAUCACAACAGACAGACGGAUACAUUUUUUCAAUUAAUAUUAAUUGGUUAAUUUGUGUAACAUAGAAAAUUUGUGAACAUUUAUUUGAACGUUGGGAUUAUUAUUUUGUAAUUGUAAUGUAUGAAAAAAAAAAAACACAAUAAUAGCAAAAUGUUCAGCAUUGUAA